AGGAUCCACCCAUUCCCAGACCUCAUUUAAGGGUUGGCAGUGGAGGUGAGGUAUCUCUCUAGAGAUUCCUGCAUACCUGAGGUCUUUUGGAGAGACUAGAAAAUGAACAGAAGAACCUAGAGAAGAUGGAGUCACCUCUCCCUACAGCAAUCAACAGACGUGAGGAUAUGCUUCAAAGUGCCUUGAAGCGAAGGAAAAAUCUCCUGCAGGAGCUUAAGGAGCAGCACCUUCUAGAGGAGCUGUCGCAGCCUUCUGCACCAGCUGGGGGACAGUAUAGGAACUACAGUGCUGGUUCCCCACGCAUCUACCAGAUACCUUUUCCAGCAUCUCAAGCUGAAACACCAAGGAUUAUCCAACAGGCGAUGCCUCCUCAGCCUGCCACAAUCAUCCAGCAGCUCCCACAGCCACCCCCACUGAUAGCACAGAUCCCCACUGCCCAGCCCUUUGCACAUCCUCGCUCUGGAAGCAUUAAAGAAGAUAUGGUGGAGAUGAUGCUGAUGCAGAAUGCACAGAUGCAUCAGAUCAUCAUGCAGAACAUGAUGCUGAAGUCUCUCCCACCAAUGGCGUUUGCACAGCCUGCCAGACCCGGCUAUCCACUGCUUCAGCACACACAGCAGGACCUGCAGCUCACCGCUCCUGUGGCUGUGAAAGCAGAUCGUCCCUGGCUGUCUGCAGUGCAUCACCACCACCACUACUCUCCCCCAGGGCUGCCCAUCCGUGCCAUGCCUGCUGGGCUCCUGAUGCCAGGUGAGGGACUGCCACCUGCAUCCUCAGCCCAGCGUUGGACCAGCAGCAUGCUCCCAGCUAUGCAGAUGUGGCCCACAUACUGACAGCACGUGUUCCUCUGAAGGUGGACAAUUGCAUCGCUGAGUUCAACCUUUUGUUGAGCUGUUCCUAAAUAAUCUGAUGGUCCGUGCAUCUGCAAAUUGUCCAUACAAUAAAUGAGCAUAGAAAGACUGGAGACCCACAGAACAAAUGUACCACGUGCCUGUAUUCUGCUCACCUCUUUCUGCCAGUGCAGUUCUUUCAUCUUCCAAAUCCAGAGCAACAGCAGCACUUCUUUUUUGCGCUCUUUCCAAAGAGCCAAGACAUCUUGUCCCAGAGAGCCUCAAAGUGGCCCUGGAACAUUGAAUGAACAUAACGCUAGUAUUGCAAAUGAGUAUGGCUCACCUUCAGGACUGAGUCCCCAGUCCCCUUCAUGUGUACUUUGGAGAAAUGCUCCUUUGCAGCCCUCAUUGGGGGGGAGGAGGGGAAGGGGGGUAGCGCAGACUAACCCAGAUUUCAUGAAUGGAGCUCAGUUCCCAAAACUCCUCAACCAAACUGUUCCUCCUGUAUUGGGCUUACAUGGCAAGGUUUUGGUAGCAGGAGGGCUGUAGUGACCUCUGAGAAGGUCACUUUUUUGUUAAAGAGCAGCACUCUGCCCUACUUGCUUUAGAUGGGCUGACAGAGAUUGUAGUAUUUGAAUAAAUAAUCUUAAGUAGAGAAAAGAAAAAAUAAAAUAGCUCCUGCAGUCAUCGCAUCUGAUCAUCUCAGUGGAACAUCACUACUCUCAUAUCUGCAGUGUUCUGCCCCAGGAGGGCUCUCCCAAUCUCUUCUAGGCCUCGCAUUCAUGAUGCUAUCCAAGGUUUUCUUUUCAAAGAGCUGUUGGAGGGUGACUUCAGCAGCCUGAACUUGUGUAUAUUUCUGUAUUUCUCAAUCUUUCUCUCGCUUUAUCAGGGUUUUACUUU